CCGAGCUGCUCUGACUGAUCCGGCUCUUUUGUUUUUCUUCUCUUGGAAGAUUUAAGUGGAAGCAGAUGCUGUUCCUGCCAGGCUGGCUCUCUGUGACGCGCCUCCUCCGCUUUUAAACGUGUGUACUUUGAAGGAAACAACGUGUUUUUGUGUUUUUGUUCAUGUGACGUUUCCAGCGUUACAGUCUGAUCAGCUGAUAGGACGCUCUGCUUUCUCAGGCGGAUGGAGACGGAGCGUUGCGCACUUUGGAUUUGGAGGAUAAUCAGAGAGACGGAGCAGCAACGUUUCCUUUGAAGAGUCACAAGUUUGUUUCCAGCUGAAUGAAAUGCUGCUGCAGCUGCUUUCAUGCUGAGCAGUUUUAGUGACCUAUAAUAACCCUGGUGAUGAUGAGGAGGAGGAGGAAGGCUCAGUGAUGCGGUGCCUCCGGGCCUCAGCCGGGAUGUUUCCCCGCCGCCGGUGCUGCUCGGGGCCGCUGCUGCUGGUGCUCGUUGCCGCAGUGAUGCUGAUGGUGGCGCGGACCCGCCUCCGGUCCGGGCGCGUGCAGCACGAGGAUGAUGAUGAUGAUGAUGAAGAUGUGCGCAGCGGGAAGCCGUCAGAUGGAGUCCUGAUGGAGGAGACCCGGAAGUUCAUCACACACCUGCAAAGAUUACACACAAACACUCAGGUCCAGUCUGGACGGAGGCUUGUUGUGGUUCUGACGGGUCGGCAGCUCGUCAGUGACACUGAGGUCCAGCUGUACCAGAGAGUCCUGCAGCAGCUGGACUACCAGGUCCACAUGUCCAGAUACGCAGAGACCAGCAGCCUCCUCAGGAAUCACCACGGUGUGGGUGGGUGGAGCCUGCUGCUGUGUCUGAGCAGCGCAGAGAGAAGCUGUCUGAGGAGAAUCUCCUUCAGUCACCUACAGCCUCAGCAGAGGGUGAACUUGAUGCCUGGUCUGAUGGAGGCGUUCUCUGAUGCAGGUUCUGGUCUCUGUCAGCUGUUCACUCACCUGUCAGGAUCUGAGUUACCAAUGAGACGACACGCCUGUGGAUCGACCAAUCACAAGCUGCACAUUCCUCAUGAUUCAGCAGCAUCCGACAGUCAUUCACCUGUGGGAGCCCCACUUCCUGGCCUGGUUGCCAUGGUGAAUGUUUACGUCCUGGUGACAUCACUCAGACCGCUCACUUCCUUCCUGCAUGACAUCAGCGUAGUGACGACCAAUCAGGAGGGAAAGGGACGUCCCACUAAGAUCAGGGACUUCCUGCUGCAGCAGUUUGGACAGACAUCCUCCCAUGAUGCUCUGGGGCAGGUGAAGCAGGUGAUAGGUGAGGUGUUACACGCUGCAGUGUCGACCAAUCAGAGAGCAGAAACACCAAACAGGUGUGUGUUGUGUUACCAGCUGCUCACCUUCACUCUGCUGUUCAGCGGCUUGAUCACACCUGUUAUCAUCCAGGUUGACGCUGAUUUAACUUUCUCAGCUCUGAGCGGAGAAACCUUCGACCAGCAGAUCACCAAAGACCUGAUCCUGGAGGACUCGCUCCACUUCCUGCUGGCCUCACAGACUCACCUGUCAGAGACUCACCUGUCAGAGACUCACCUGUCCCCAGAGACUCACCUGUCAGAGACUCACCUGUCCCCAGAGACUCACCUGUCAGAGACUCACCUGUCAGAGACUCACCUGUCCCCAGAGACUCACCUGUCCCCAGAGACUCACCUGUCCUCAGAGACUCACCUGUCCUCAGAGACUCACCUGUCCUCAGAGACUCACCUGUCCUCAGAGACUCACCUGACAGAGACUCACCUGACAGGCGGUGGACAGUAUGGUGGCUGCAGAGGGACACCCGGCGUCUGUCUGUCAGAAGAAGAACUUCUUCUUCUGCUUCAGUUUCAGCGGCAGAUGAAGAUGCCUUCCGCCUUUCAGCUGCUGUAUCCGAGCACCUCCUCCUCCUCCUUCUCCUCCUCCUCCUCCUCCUCCUCUGGUCUGACUGUCUCUGACCUCCUGCUGAGAAUCGGCCGUUACUACGAGCUGCAGAGGAGUCACAGCGAUGGACGUCAGCAGACGCAGGCAGCUGAAGGUGUGUGUUCGGACCCCCACCUGAGACAGAUCUACACCGACCCGCCGCUCACGCUCGUCCCGCCCUUCAGCCCGCGGGUGAAGGAGUACUGGGCCGAGGUGACCUUUGACACGCUGACGGUUCGGAUCCGACCAGAGCCAAUCAGCUCGGCCUGCAGGGUUCACCUGGACGAACACCGAGGGCCAAGGAUGGCGAACAUCCCCGUCGGCCUCGGCAACAGCAGGAUCAGCAUCCUGGUGACGGACGGCGGUGAGCCAGAGCCUGUUGUCAUGACAAUCUACACUGUGCAUGUGUACCGCGAGAGCCAGCCCAGCCUGCCCAUGUUCGGAGAUCAUGUGACGUGCAGCUUCCUGCAGGACUGUGGUUUGCUGGUCCAGCCUGAUCAGUCUUGUGGUCUGGAGUCUUUCGUCUGGUCUCAGAGUCCAUUACAGACCUGCAGCUCAGGACAUGAACCAGGUCGGUGGGUGGUUCCGUGUCUCAGCUGUUCUGACAACAGGACGUGUGAUUGGAGGGAGGUUGCCUGGCAACCAGACGGCUGUUAUCACCCGUUAGUGGACCGACCCCUGCUGCAGGACUGCAUGACAGACAGGAAGGUGCUGUUCCUCGGGGACUCCACUAACAGAGGGAUGAUGUACUUCUUGGCGGAGCGUCUGAACUGCAGCCUGGUGAACUGGGAGCGAGCUCACAGCACGCUGCUGUACAGGAAGCUGAACCAGGGCCGCUCUCUGAUUGGCUACUCAUACUAUCCUCAGUUCUGGUUGGACAGGAAGCUCAGACCCACCUUCAGACAGGCGCUGCUGCAGCUGCUGCACAGGUCACGACCUCUGCAGAACUCCCACCUGACUGUGCUCGUAGUGGGAGGAGUCCAGUGGCUCAACACCAAUCACCUGGAGACAGUCAGAGAGGUGCUGGACAGAGAGUCUCUCAGCAGGAUCCUGGUGGUGGUGAAGUCUUUGGGAAUGGGCUUCCACCUUCCUGUAGACGGGAUCCGAUCCCUCAGUCUGAGAGAAAUUCAACAUCUGCACCAAGAGAACAGCAACAUCAUCACCAGAGCAAAGCAUCAUGGGUACGAGGUGAUCGACACGUUUGGCAUCACGAUGGGUCGAUAUAAGGAGUUCCUGCAGGGCCGAUGUGCAUGCCACUUCCAUGAGGUGGAAAAGUUAUCGUCCUCUGAGUCUCCAGGCGACGCGACGUCAACGACCAAUAGAACCAGACCUGAACCUGCACUCAGCAGCCAAUCAGCCGCGCCAAACACUAACCAGGAGGCGGGGCCUAACGUCUCGUCCUAUCACGUGAGAGGACCAGUGAACCAGGUGUACUCUGAGAUCCUGCUGAGCCGCCUCUGUCCCAGAAACACCUGAGAGAGUGUGUGUGUGUGUGUGUGUUUAUGUGUGUGUGUGUGUGUG